CAAAUUAUUCGCUGUCAAAUGGUCACUUCAGAAGAAUGCAAAUUCUGGUGAUGUAACAGGUCAAGUAACUUACAUGAUAUAUCCGAAUGGGAAGAUGUCUAUUUACUUUGAGAAUAUACCCAAGCCAACUGAUGAAAGCAAUUUACAGUCGUGGAUUAAUUAUCAACACCAUUGUAUAGAUGAAACAACGAGCAAGUCCAUGUUAGAACCGUACAAUCGAAUUAACGUUCCAGUAAACUUGAUCAAACAUCGUACUUUGGUGGAGUUUGAACCGAAUACAGGUAUGUAA